AUGGAUGAAGUCGGGCGUCAGUUCAACGCGAACCAGCUGAUCGUCGCCGAGGUGUUGCAGAGCGCCGAAGCGAUGAAGUUCGCGGUAGCUCACCUGGAACCGCACAUGGAGCGCACGGACGCCGCGCUGCGGGGACGGAUCCUGUUGGCGACCGUCAAGGGCGACGUGCACGACAUCGGCAAGAACCUGGUCGAGAUCAUCCUGUCCAACAACGGCUACAGCGUGAUCAACCUGGGCAUCAAGGUUGCGGCGCAGGAACUGAUCGCGGGCUACCGGGAACACCAACCGGACAUCAUCGGCCCUGACUUCCGCGCGGCCGGCAUCGCGGCCCCGGUCCUGGUUGGCGGCGCUGCCCUGUCCAACCGGUUCACCCGGCUGCGGAUCGCGCCGGAAUACGGCGGACUGGUGGCGUAUUCGCCGGACGCCAUGAGCGGACUCGCGCUGGCCAAUACCAUCCAGGACGCCGAUGAGCGUGAGCGUUUGCUCGCUCGAAUCCUCCCCGCGGCCACCGAUCUGCGGCUCCACGUGCUGGAGGAUUUCGAUCUCGACGAGAUUUUCGGGUACAUCAACCCGCAGAUGCUUUACGUGCGGCACCUGGGAUACCGGGGUCGUUUCUGGGAUGCACUGCGGGCAGAAGAACCCAAAGCCGUUGAACUGCGUCAACAGGUGCAACGGGUUGAGGACAUGAUGCUGUCCCGCUCGGACAUCGGCGCCAGCGCGGUAUUCAAGUUCUUCCCGUGCCGCUCCGAAGGGCAGUGGCUGAUCGUAUACGAGCCGGACGGCAAGGCUGAGCUGGAACGGUUCUACUUGCACGGCAGCAGGAACGCGAGGGACUUUGCCUGGCCGACUACGCGCGGCCGACCGGCGAGGGUCCGAAACGACUACCUUGCCAUGUUUACGACCACCGUCGGACCGGGGUCGGGCAUUGUCAGAACGGUGGAAGAACGAGGGCAGGUACCUGGAUUCGCACACGUUGCAAGCCCUGGCCAUCGAAUCGGCGGAGGGUUUUGCGGAGUUGCUCCACAAGCGGAUCCGCACCAUGUGGAGCAUCGGCGAACCGUCGGGCUGAAGGUCAACGGCGAGGACGAGCUUCGGGACCUGUUCCGGGCCAACUACCAUGGCAAGCGGUUUUCGUUCGGGUACCCGGCGUGUCCGCGGUUGGAGGACCAGGAGAAGCUGUUCUCAUUGCUGGACGUGACCGCAAGCAUCGGGGUUGAGCUCACGGAUGGAUACAUGAUGGACCCGGAAGGCUCGGUGUCGGCCGUG